UUCUCAAAGGGGAGGACUUAUCACUGGCUCUGGAAUCAAGUUGGUGAAACUAGUCUUGUCUAUCUUGAAAAAUGCCAUCGUGACGCGAGGCGCGCAGGAGCUUGACUGUAACACAGCUGGUGGGGAAAAUGACGGAAGCUCCUCGGGGGUUUGACUGCAGUUUCUUAAACGAGGAAGAAGCCAGGAAGAUCCUUCAGGUGCUGGAGAGAAAUGAGCAACUGCAGAGGGUGGAGAAGGACAGGAUCAGCAAACUUCAGAAGACAAAGAGGGAUAUCAGAUGGCUUCAUGGAGUUACUGGUGAAUGGUUUGAAGAAAUUCAAAGAAAAAAAUUUUGCAACGAAACAGAUGUUAGUCAAAUGUUGAAACAACCACUUACCUGUAGGCUCAGGAAGGAGAUGCCAAAAAAUGAUCCUUUAGAAUUACAAACAUCAAGAUCUAAAACCCCAAUGAAUCAAAAACCUUCUGUUCCUUCUCAAAUGAACAUCAGAUCAUCGUUUGCUUCCCUGUUCUCAUUCAGAAAGUCUGGGAGGGAGACUUCAAAGCUUCAGUCGCUGAGACAGAAAGGGUGUGAUGGCUGUGGAUCUCCUGUGUCUGUGAGGAGAACGACAGUGCAGGAGAAAACAUAUACUUCAAGUUUGGAAAGUCAACCAGUUGACAGUGCAUUUGUCCCCAGGCCAGGAAUCAUGAUGGAGGAGAGCGGCAUGCCUCCCCCCUGGGAUGCCCCGACACUGGAAAACGAGCUUUUUCAAGUUUUAGAUGAUUUGGACAGCAAACUGGCUGAAGAACAAUCGGCCAUCUCAGUGAAUACCAGAAUGCCCCUUCACUAUGGAUCAAGAUCACAGUUCGGUCAUUCUUACUCCAGUGGGAACAGGCAUGGCGGUAUCACAGGAGGGCCAAAAAAUCGCCGGAAUGAAACUUCUAAUAUGUCCAUCUAUGACAUCCUGAGACCAGGAACUCCUAGGGAAGGUUUUAAAACCUUUUCCCCCCGGACAAGGACAAUUUAUGAUAUGUACAGGACAAGGGAGCCCAGGGUCUUUAAAGAAGAUUAUGUGCAAAAGAACACUUUUGGCAGUACUUCUCUGUGUUUUGACAGCAGGCAAAGAUCAUCCUCACCAGCCACAGGGCAUUUCACUGCAAGAAGCUUACAUUUUCCAGCCUCAACUCAGAACAAGAGUAGCUUUGUUCCACCAAGUCACCAGCAAAGCCCAAAGAGAACUCCUUUGUCAUCCAUCAUAUGGAAUAGAUCAGAUUUUUUGAGAGACAGGCAGAACCAGGAGGACUUCCAGAGGGCACCAUCACCAAUGGAAAUGGACCCUGCUGACCAGUGUGUGUAUCCCCGGUGUUUUCAGGAGAAUGGGAGAUAUGAAUUGUAUCAUUCACAGAAAGUUUACCAAAAUGCCCCCAUGGAUAACAAAGUAAGUCCUGACGCAUUUGAGAACUCAGAGAAUAUGCCAUUCUACCAACAAGACAACCCAUUUGCUAGGUCUUUCUUUAGCAAUACCUUCAGACAAAGAAGAGAGCAAAGAUUUGGACAAACUUCUUCUUGGAGCCAACAGGAAGAACAUUCUUCGUGGUCUGACUUUCAUCAAAGUAGGAGGCCAUUUACUUCUUCGGACAGAGACUUUGAAAUGAUUUCCAUUGAUGCAAAUAGUGUACCAGCUGUUCAUGGUCACAAUGUCCCUUUUCAACACUGGGAACCAUUCUCUUCUGGCUAUGAAGCAAAUGUUUUCAGAAGCCAAGAAGAGUCACCUCCCUGGCAACCUUGUUUUCAGAUGUCCCCGCUGGAGCGCAUGGAGAUACCACUUGUUAACAAGAACCAGUCAACUCCCAAUUUUGGCACACCAAAUGUUUGUUCCUUGACUGAUUCAAACUGUCACAUCAAAUCUAGUGGACUAGAAAAUCAACAGGACAGUUCUCUUGUAGAUGCACAUAUAAACAAAGAACCUUACUCAUUUGGAAUUUCUCAGACUCGAGCAUCCUCAUUCAAAACUUCGUCCCCCCAGAUUCCUGAUAACAAAGGAAAACCUCAGUGUCCUAACUUCCAGGGUGCGACAGUCACUUUGCAAAAAAUUAUUCCUACGAAGCUAGACUCCCUUCCGACAAGAGACCAUAUGGAAGUUACCAACAGGGAUUCAAUUAAUCCUCCACCUCUUGUUAAAACCCAGCCUGAUAUCUUGGUCACAGAAAUGAAUAAUGAGAAAGACGAGAAUGAAUCUAUUUUAGAAGACAAACAACUAAAUAAAACAGACCAGACGAACAUGAUAGGUGAAAUGCCCCAAUCUGUCUCACAGACAGUGAGCUCUAGCCCUUUACCUGAUUUUCAAAAUGCCCUCUCUCAGGACCCAGACAAAAACAACAGGUUUGGUUUUAAUGUAUCUACCACGAUAAGUUCAAAAAGUUCACCCAGAGUCUUUUCAAGACUCUUUUUAUCACAGAGAGAUAAAGCCAAUGAACUUAAAAAAGAUAACUGUUUUCCUGGAAACAGAAAGUGCAACUCUGCAACUUCCUCUCCUUUCAUUGAGGAAAGCAGAACACCACCAUACUUCCCCAGCCCAAAUCAAGAUUGUCACCAGGAGUUAACAGUAAGUAAUGAAGAUAUUUCAAGCAUUGUUAAAAAUAACCAGUGGUGUUCCGAACCUACUGAUAACCAAAACUCACAGUCUCUAGAUACUGAGGGAGAACAAUGUCCCACAACUCAUUCUGCCAACUGCACCAAGAUGGCUGCUGGGCACAAUAUCUCAUGUGAUUCUUUAGGUCUGUCAUUAGGUGCACCACCAGAUUCGUCACCAUGGAAUAAUUCUUUCCCUGAUGCUCUUGUGAGUCCUUCUAGCACAGUAUUCUCCAGCAGAACCCCUUCAGACAAAAAUCCAUCUCUGGGAGAAAGAGAAGAAAAAACUGCUAGCAAGAAUCAAAAUAAUCAGUUCGCUGUAAGCUCAGAAAACCAAAAGAGUCAUGAUAGUCGUUUACCUAUGCAUAAUGAGGUAGCCAAGUACCAUUCAGAGUCUCCCGUAAGCAAUGGAAAGGGAAGAGGAAGAGUGAGACAUCGUAUAUCCUGUAUUGAAAAGUUGAGCAAAACAGAAAGUACAUCAAUACCCACGAGUGAAGCCAGUCGCCUCAUUAAGGAGAGUCAGAGCAAUUCCAAGGCUUCUGAGCUUGACACAAUUUAUUGCACCUUGCCAAGAAAAUCAUCCAGUUUUCUCAUAAAUAGCAGGCAGCCAGAAAGCAAGAUAAGGCCUGCUUCCAUUAGGCAUGGGCCACUUCCAUUCCAAAUAAAAAAUGAUGUGGGAAACCCAAUUGGGAAGUGCACAUCAAACGAACUCAGCUCCAGUUCUCCUGAGUCAGUGAGUGAAUGCUCCAAAGCUGUGUCAGACUCGGCCCUCGUGACAUCUGAAGUCACAGAGAGGAUGGCAGAUGUGAGAGGCAUUAGAUCUGCUUCUGUCAGGAAAGGACCACUGCCAUUCCUCAUCAGAAGGGCUCUGUCCUGUCCUUCAGAGAAGACAUGUGCCUCGACUGGAAAAGAUGAAAGAACAAUCUCACUAGUCUCAGAUACAGAUGCCUCUGCCAUAACACCAGGGUCUCGGGAGACAACCUUUAACUCUCUGCAAAGUGACCCAUCUGUUAGAGGUGGUUCUUUAAGCAGAAGACACCACCAGAAGGAAUUCAAUGAAAAUGGUAGUGGCAUUGCCACCCAAGGAGCAGGCACGUUUACACUAUCAAAUGAAGACCGCUUACCAUUUUGUGCAGAUGUGCCAGGAAAAGAAAAGAAGAAGACAUUACAUAAAUUUAAGACAACUAGUAUGUUUUCUGUCUCUGGUGAUGAAGACAACAUAAAAUGUCUUGAGGUGGUUUCAAUAUAUUAUACUCUCCCAAGAAAACCCAGCAAAAGAUUCUGUGACCUCCUUCAGCAGUACACACAAGAUACUAAUUUACUUACAGAAUCUCUUCAAGCGGAGACUGAAGCAGUGCCUAUUUCUUUAGAAAGAGGCAAACCAAAUUAUUCUGCAGAGGAGCAGUCAGGAGCACCUUCCUCAGAAGAGCUAAAGAGGACCAUCAACUCUGAUCCAUGUUGUCCCUCUCACACCACUGAAAAUACGGCUGUCGUACAGUUAUCAAACAGGGGCCCUUCAGAGCCUUCCAUUGGGACAGAUGUUUCUGUCCAUACGGGAGAACCUGAGGCCAGAGAGAUUGUCCAAGAUAACUUAGCUAAAACACCUCAAGAUGAUUCACAAAGCGGGAAAAAAUUGCAAAAUGAAACUCUGCAUACCUCAUUAAUGCAUCAGGGAAAAAAUGCUCCAGAAGAAAAAUCUGAAAUCUGCCAAGAAUCUAACAAAACAAGAAACAAUGAUCCCUCUGGUCUCCCAGCCCAUUCAGAAGGCAAAGUUAAAAAUUCCCAAACCAGAAGAGGUUCUGAGGAGUGUGCAGGUAGUGGUAUAGCCAUUCCACCGACUGGAACUAGAAGCUGCUUUCAGAAAGAUCACACAGCCCUAACUGUAGAUGAUAGCUCCAGUGGGUCACCUCCUAGGGAAGUCAAGGGGAAAAUUGAAACAGAUUGCCAAAAAGUGACUGAUAAAAUGCUUUCUGACCCAGAAAGCCAAGCCUUUGCUCUAACUCCAGCAUUGCAUAAACUACAGUUUGUUGAGGAGACUCACUCAGGUGAACUACAUGCAGAGAAGUCUGAACCUAGAGAAUUACCUCAAGGAAGUCAGAAGGUAGCUGCAAUAGAGUUCAGGAAGGUUAAAGAUGAAAUCCAUAAGGCGACAUGGGGUCAAACUUUACUCUCUGGAGGAAAUAACAAAAAUAAAACGAACUUGGCUGCCUUAGAUAAAGCAGAAAACAGAUCUUCAAUUAAACACAGUUUGGUAGCCAUGUUUCAAGCAAGCAAAAAAUUCUCAGCUAAGGAUUUAAGCCCCAGAAGACAUGUAGCUACUAUCUUUCCCCAAAAUGGAAGCACAUCUGGCUUUGGUCCUUUAUGUCUUGGUAGACUGGAGUGCAACCCGUCAUCCCCUGAGCCUACUCCAAAGUCCAGACAAUCCAUAGACGAAAGAAGUUUGAGUAAUGAUGGGAUGAACGUGGAGAAAUCUGAGAACCCUCUUCUGGUUCCUGUGAUAUCCAACAGAGAACCUUCCAGUCAUUCCUGUGAUGACAAAUCUAAUAACAUGCCACUACUACUCCAGAAUGAGUUUAAAAAGAUCUCAGAAUCACCACCAAAGCAUGAGAAUUCUAAAGAUGUAACAAUAGCUCAGAUUCUGGAAGGAGAGGCAGGAACUCCAGUCCAGCUCACAUCCACCAGCCUCAGAGAAUCUGACUUCCCCUGUCAUCAGAGGAGGUUCAGUCCUCCUUUACUCUUGGAGCCCACACAGAAAUCGAUGAUAAAUUGCUCAUUGGCCAGUUAUCAGCAGCAACAAAGGAGUACUUUGUCUCCGGAGUGGGACCCUGAGCCACAGCUCUACCGUUCGAAGAGUUUAAAAAACAUCAAUGUGCUCAGUGAUCAGCGCACAAGUCAUCCUCCCAAAGUCAGGGGGCGCCAUUUUUCUGAAAGCACAUCUAUUGACGAUGCCCUAAGUCGACUGACCCUUGGGAAUGACUUCUCUGACAGCAGUGUGUACAGUCGAAGAUUCAAAUCUUUUUCUGAACUUCCUUCUGGUGAUGAAAAUGAAAGUUGGGCUUUGUACAAAAGCAGGACAAAAACAGGUGCCAAGACCGUAUCCUCUGUCUCCAGACCUAUCGACUAUGGGAUUUUUGGAAAAGAGCAACAGUUGGCUUACUUGGAGAAUGUAAAGAGAUCACUCACACAAGGAAGAUUAUGGAAACCAGGUUUUCUUAAGAACCCUGGCUUCCUAAAAGAUAAUGUAAAUAACCCUUCCAACCUAUCACAAACAGAGUCAUUAAGCUCAAAUUCACCAGAAGAUGGCUUAUUUCCAAGUGAACCACUAAAUAUCUAUGAGAAAGACCCAGGGGACUCAGACUGUGACACGGACACGACCACAGAUGAUGAAUACUACCUGGAUGAAAAUGACAAAGAGUCAGAGCUGUGAAACUGAAGAAAAGAAAAAAACCUGCAUAAUACAUUGAUUGCUUUUUUGCAUUUUGCCCUUCACCAAGAGCUUAUCAUGGAGUUAGUCUGCAUUUGUAUGUCCAGAGAAAGACAGACAUAAAAAAAAAUCUAGUUAAGGUAGAGUCUGUAUGGAAACAACCCAUUGUUUUCCCUCCACCCUAUACAUACACACUUUCUGAAUUCUAAGUAUAAUGAUUUCUUGUUGAGGCCCUCUUUGCUAUUUUCUCCCUUUGUAUUU